GGGAUCAGAGGGAAAAGGAAGCUCAUUUCGGAAGGCUGUGCAAAUAGCUGGAAUUCCGUUUCCGUUCUUGUUCCUGGGAUUUUAUUCCGUCGCCAGAGGGAAAUCACACAAUAUUUACACUUUAUUGAGCCUCAUUGUUCUUUUGAAGACAUCUUGAACCGAUGGCGUCUUCCCCGCAGAAAUCUCCGUCCUCUCCCAAGUCUCCAACUCCAAAGUCUCCGUCCUCGAGGAAGAAAGAUGACUCAUUUCUGGGGAAACUUGGUGGGACUCUGGCAAGGAGAAAAAAGGCGAAAGAAGUGUCAGAGCUGCAGGAGGAGGGGAUGAAUGCCAUUAAUCUCCCCCUGAGUCCCACACCUUUUGAGCUUCAUCCUGAGGACAUCAUGCUAGAGGAAAAUGAGGUCCGCACCAUGGUGGACCCCAAUUCAAAGAAUGAUCAGAAACUACAGGAACUCAUGAAGGUGCUUAUUGACUGGAUCAAUGAUGUGCUGGUGGGGGAAAGAAUAAUUGUGAAGGACCUGGCGGAAGAUCUCUAUGAUGGACAGGUUCUUCAGAAACUCUUUGAAAAGCUGGAAGGUGAGAAGCUCAAUGUUGCUGAGGUGACCCAGUCUGAGAUUGCCCAGAAACAGAAGCUACAGACAGUUCUGGAGAGGAUCAAUGAAGCUCUGAAGGUCUCCACAAGGAGCAUCAAGUGGAACAUUGACUCCGUCCAUGCCAAAAGCAUUGUAGCAAUCCUCCACCUGUUGGUGGCGCUCUCACAGCACUUCAGAGCUCCAAUUCGUCUUCCAGACCAUGUGUCCAUACAGGUGGUUGUGGUCCAGAAACGAGAGGGCAUUCUCCAGUCCCGACAGAUUCUAGAGGAGAUAACUGGCAACACGGAGGCAUUAUCUGGCAGGCAUGAGCGUGAUGCUUUUGACACUUUGUUUGACCACGCACCUGACAAGCUCAAUGUGGUGAAAAAGACUCUUAUUACUUUUGUGAACAAGCACCUAAAUAAACUAAACCUGGAGGUAGCUGAACUGGAUACCCAGUUUGCAGAUGGUGUGUAUCUGGUUCUGCUGAUGGGACUUCUGGAAGGGUAUUUCGUCCCCCUCUACAACUUCUAUCUUACCCCUGAGAAUUUCGACCAAAAGGUUCAAAAUGUGUCUCUCUCUUUUGAGCUGAUGCAGGACGGUGGCCUAGAGAGGCCAAAACCCAGGCCUGAGGAUAUUGUGAAUUGUGACCUAAAAUCAACACUUCGAGUUCUUUACAACCUUUUCACCAGGUACAGACACGUGGAAUGAAAAGAAAUGUGAAACAUAUUUAUGGGGAACGCAGAUUUUUUGACAAGCAGAAUAUGGUGUUCAUUAUGGAGUAUCGUAUAAUGCCACUAUACUAUUAUUAUAUACAACCGUCAUUUGUCUUUAAGAUGGUUGUAAAAACACUAAGAGUAUAAAUGCUUUUAUACAACAGCAUUCUAUUCCUCCAAUGAUCCAUUGAAGUCUUGUGAACUGAAACUGUGUUUGUGGAAAUGGAAUUGGCAGUUUUAUAUUUGUUUGAGAUAUAUAAAUCCUCAAGUGCCUAUAAAAUAUUGAAGGUAUAAGACACAAUCCUAUCUUGUACUUCACAUUAUUCUUAACACUACAUUAUUUUAAUGAAUUCACAUUGACAGCUAUGUUUUGUUGCUAAAAGCAAUCACAAAUUCAAACCCCACAUCAGCUGCAUUGGAUUUUUUGCAGCUCAAUUUCCAAGUGGGUAUCUGACCAAAUAAUUAUGAGUUAGUUUGAAUGAGUGGUGCGCUCACUACGUAUCAUACUUUAAUGUCCGGUCUAAUGUUUUAAUUUUCUACUCAGUAGUGCCAUGCUUUUCCUGAAUGAAUUGAAAGUGCAAAGGCAUCAACCAAAAGUAUUUUUUUACUGAUAUACUGUUGCCACAGAAAUGUGGCUCAAUGUAUUAUUUUCAUGUAUUUAUCGAAGACUCCAUAGCAAGGGUUGCAAUUGGUUUUCUUUUUUGGUCUUUUAAUUUAUUUAUCUUAAAUCUUUUGCAUCUUGGAUCAUUAUGGCAAAAAUUGCAUUUGGAAUGAACAUACUUAACAAAUCCCCCCCCAAAAAAACACAUGUUUUCAACAAAGCUAAAUCCAUGAAUAUGUAAGACGUGUUUAUAUUGUUUGAUGUAUUUCAUUGCAUUAGUGUCUUUUAUAGAACUGCAUAUCAUAGUUAUACAACUGAAUUCUACAUUAAACGUGGAUGA